CCUAUACAUACAAUUUCUCUCUAUAUUCUCUCUCUCUAUCUCUCAUCAAUUAGUUUUUCAGAUGGCUCGUACCAAGCAGACCGCCCGCAAAUCCACCGGAGGGAAGGCUCCACGGAAGCAGCUCGCCACCAAGGCCGCCAGGAAGUCUGCUCCGGCGACCGGCGGAGUGAAGAAGCCCCAUCGUUUCCGCCCCGGAACGGUGGCCUUGAGGGAGAUUAGGAAGUAUCAGAAGUCGACUGAGCUUCUGAUCCGAAAGCUUCCGUUCCAGAGAUUGGUAAGGGAAAUCGCUCAGGACUUCAAAACUGAUCUCAGGUUCCAGAGCAGCGCUGUGGCGGCGCUUCAAGAGGCGGCCGAGGCUUACCUUGUCGGAUUGUUCGAGGAUACAAAUCUCUGCGCUAUUCACGCUAAGAGGGUCACCAUUAUGCCCAAGGAUAUCCAGCUCGCUAGGAGGAUUCGUGGGGAGAGGGCCUAAGAUGAAGGUUGAUUGUGCAAUCGUGGUAGCUAAUGUGUUUUGACUUUUGAAUGCCCAAUUUUUUCGUAGAUCUAUUGCCCAGUGAUGUGUGGUGUAAAUCUUAGAAGGGUUUAUGGGUAAGAAUUUGAUAUAAACCAUUGAUGUAUUAGCUUUUAUUUUUAUCAAUCAACGCAUUGUCCACCUUCAAGGCUGCAAAUUGUAUGUUGCAUCCAUUUAAAAAUUUGAGGAGAACCCAAACAUAAUCAAAUUUUAUAUCUUGGUAA